AUGGGGAAAGGCUCACUGAUUUGGAAAUAUUAUGGAGAAAAAAUUGGUAUCUAUUUUGUCUUUCUGGGAUUUUACACAGAAAUGCUGUUCAUUGCAGCUGUAGUUGGUUUAGCUUGUUUCAUCUAUGGUUUAUUAUCAAUGGAAGGAAACACAAACAGCAUUGAAAUCUGUGACCCUGCGAUUGGAGGUCAGAUGAUCAUGUGCCCACUCUGUGAUAUAGUAUGUGACUAUUGGAGACUAAAUUCUACGUGUUUGGCUUCCAAGUUCUCUCAUUUAUUUGAUAACGAGUCAACAGUGUUCUUUGCAAUAUUCAUGGGAAUUUGGGUCACUUUAUUUUUGGAGUAUUGGAAACAGCGACAAGCCAGAUUGAAGUAUGAGUGGGACCUGGUAGACUUUGAAGAGGAACAGCAGCAGCUUCAGUUGAGACCUGAAUUUGAAGCUAUGUGUACACACAGAAAACUGAAUCCUGUGACUAAGGAGAUGGAACCUCACAUGCCUCUGUGUUCUCGUCUUCCGUGGUACUUUUUAUCAGGAGCCACAGUGACAUUAUGGAUGUCUCUUGUCGUUGCCAGUAUGGUAGCUGUCAUUGCGUACCGCCUGGCGGUCUUUGCUACAUUUGCUAGGUUCAUGGAAAGUGAAGCUUCCUUACAGCAAGUCAAAAGCUUCUUCACUCCCCAGUUAGCUACGACACUCACAGGAUCAUGCUUGAACUUUAUUGUCAUCUUGAUCCUGAAUUUCUUUUAUGAAAAGAUAUCUGCCUGGAUUACAAAAAUGGAAAUACCUCGAACUUACCAGGAGUAUGAGAGCAGUCUUACCUUGAAAAUGUUCCUGUUUCAGUUUGUAAAUUAUUACUCGUCCUGCUUCUACGUAGCUUUCUUUAAAGGAAAGUACGUAGGCUAUCCUGGAAAAUACACCUAUCUGUUUAAUGUAUGGAGAAGUGAAGAGUGUGAUCCUGGAGGCUGCCUAAUAGAAUUGACAACUCAGUUGACCAUCAUAAUGGUUGGGAAACAGAUUUUUGGAAACAUUAAAGAAACCAUUUAUCCCUUGGCUUUGAAUUGGUGGAGACGCCGAAAAGCUCGGACCAACUCUGAGAAGCUAUACAGUCGAUGGGAGCAGGACCAUGACCUUGAAAGUUUUGGGCCUCUUGGGCUAUUUUAUGAGUACUUAGAAACAGUUAUCCAAUUUGGAUUUGUCACACUGUUUGUAGCCUCUUUUCCUUUAGCUCCUCUUCUAGCUCUCAUCAAUAAUAUUGUAGAGAUCCGAGUGGAUGCCUGGAAACUUACUACUCAGUACAGGAGAACUGUAGCUUCUAAAGCUCAUAGCAUAGGUGUCUGGCAAGACAUUCUUUGUGGAAUGGCUGUCGUUUCUGUGGCAACUAAUGCUUUUAUUGUUGCAUUUACAUCGGACAUCAUUCCCCGUUUAGUUUACUAUUACGCCUACUCAACAGAUGCCACACAGCCUUUGAGAGGAUAUGUCAAUAACAGCCUGUCAACGUUCCUAAUAGCUGAUUUUCCAAACAACACUGCACCUUCGGAAAAACGAGACUUCACCACUUGCAGGUACAGAGAUUACAGAUUUCCUCCUGAUCAUGAGAACAAAUAUUUUCAUAAUAUGCAGUUCUGGCAUGUCCUUGCUGCCAAGAUGACUUUCAUCAUAGUUAUGGAACACAUUGUAUUUUUAGUUAAAUUUUUGUUGGCCUGGAUGAUACCUGAUGUUCCAAGAGAUGUUCUGGAGAGAAUCAAGCUAGAAAAGUUAAUGACUAUCAAGAUUCUCCAUGAAUUCGAACUCAACAAAUUAAAAGAGAACUUGGGUAUUAAUGUUGAUGAACGUGUGAAGAAGCAUGUCAUGAUUGAAGAAAACAAAGUAUAACUGGCUAAAUCAACAAUCUAAUCAGCAUAAUGAGCAAGCAGCUGGUUGCCUGCCUCACUUAACUUUUUUCUCUGGGUUUAGGGUGAGAGGCCAUAAGCCAUGUGUCAUUUUUACCUUUCCUUUCUUUUAUUAACUCAAAAGUUUUAUACCCUUCUAUAGAAGCCAACUUUGUGUUGUUGGAAGAGUACCACUUGUCUGCUUCAUUGUCUGGGCCUUCCCCAGAUAUUGCUUGCUAAGAUCCUGUAAAUGAGUAGUGAAAGUGUGUGUGGAAUCAGAAUAUUGGGAAAUCAUGGAGUGUUGCAGUUUAGAAUGAAACGCUGAAGUUGGGCUGUCCCAUCACUUCCCAGUGCACCUGCACAUGUUUAUCGUCUUCUCUUGUGUGGUUUUGUAUCUCCUUCCCAUUAAGAAAAAUGUUGGGAUAAAAAAGAAGUAGAGAGGCCUACUGAGCCACAUGUAUUCUGCCAUUUAAAAAUAUGUAAAUGAAAACCAGAAUCAGAUAACAUAGGAAAACUCACAUGUUAAAGAAUAUUGGGUAAAUAUCAAAGCAGGGGUUUGUUCCUGAAAUUGUCCUGAAUAUGUUAAAGUUCCAUCAGAAUCCCAGAUAGUCCUUCCAGGUAAAAACAGAAUUCAUUUUUUUUCAGGAGACUGAACUUCUGGGUUUCAACAAACAACUAACAUCUCUGUUCUUAAGAUAAUAUUUUGGUAACAGUAAUUUCAAGACUUGAUUGUCUUAUAUGGAAGACAGCAUUAUGAAGGUGUUAGAUUGCUUCAGGUCUCCAAGACAGAUGUUAUAGAGAAGUAAAUGUGUCUUUUUAGUAGUUAAAGAAUGCAAGACAAUGUAUAUUGAUUAAUUUAUUAAACUUUAUCUAGAAAAUUGUUGAAUUGAUUUUUAAAAAUCACUUUUCUUCCGGAAUGCCUAUUUUGCAUUAUGAAGACUUUUGAGCACUAGCUAUUUGUAUACAUUAGGUACAAAUUGUUUAUGGAAUGUGUUCUCUUUGCUCUAAAGCAAUCUCAAAUAUUUUAAUGAGCUUGCAACUUUCUCUAUUGAUGCGUCAUCUUAUACAGUGCUCAGUGCCUUGUCCCUAUGCCUUUGACUCACAAGAAGUUGUGUUGUUGUUAGCUGUUGAUUUGAUGUGAUGCGACAUCACAAGUGUAAACUUGUUUUAGAGAAAUUAUCAGUCUAACAAGAACCACAGAGUUUAACAGCAAAAGAGAAUUAACCAAGUAAGAAUGAGAUGAUGGACUUGAUAGCUAAGUAAAAAAUAUAUUUGUUGAUUUAUUCCUCUCAAAUUUAGGCCUAUGGUACAUGUAUAACAAUUUUUGUUCUUUUACUUAAAAAAUAUUGCAUAUUA